AUGCCUAAUUUGUACACCAACCUCGAAAUCCCUCAAUUGAAAAUCUCUUUAAAACAGCCAUUAGGGCUGUUUAUCAAUAAUGAGUUUUGCCCAUCGUCAGACGGAGAAACCAUUGAAACCGUGAACCCAACAACCGGUGAACCUAUAACCUCUUUCCAAGCUGCUAAUGAAACAGACGUCGACAAGGCUGUAAAGGCCGCCAGAGCUGCUUUUGAAAACGUUUGGUCAAAGACAUCUUCCGAGCAACGUGGCAUAUAUCUUUCAAAUUUAUUGAAGCUGAUUGAAGAGGAGAAAGAUACGCUUGCUGCUAUAGAAACUCUGGACGCUGGCAAGCCUUUUCACUCGAACGCCAAGGAAGAUUUAACACAAAUAUUGCAGCUUACCAGAUAUUUUGCUGGGUCUGUUGAUAAGUUUAACAAGGGUUCAACCAUACCAUUGACUUUUGAAAAGUUUGCAUAUACUCUAAAGGUUCCUUUUGGUGUCGUUGCUCAAAUUGUGCCAUGGAAUUACCCUCUAGCCAUGGCUUGUUGGAAACUACAAGGUGCACUAGCUGCAGGUAACACAGUAAUCAUCAAACCCGCUGAAAACACCUCAUUAUCUCUUCUCUAUUUUGCUACUUUGAUAAAAAAAGCUGGUUUUCCGCCUGGUGUUGUCAAUGUCCUUCCUGGCCAUGGUUCGGUUGCAGGCCAAGCGCUAGGAACACACAUGGACAUUGAUAAGAUUUCUUUCACAGGAAGUACGAAGGUGGGUGGCUCGGUGAUGGAAGCUUCUGGUCAAUCAAACCUCAAAGAUGUUACGCUAGAGUGUGGUGGUAAGUCUCCUGCCAUAGUAUUUGAAGAUGCCGACCUCGAUAAGGCCAUCGAUUGGAUAGCGGCCGGUAUUUUUUACAAUUCAGGGCAGAACUGUACAGCAAACUCAAGAGUUUACGUUCAAAGUUCAAUCUACGAUAAGUUCGUUAAAAAAUUUAAAGAAAUUGCAAAGAAAGAUUGGGACGUUUCAGGUAAAUUUGAUCCGUUUGAUGAGAAAUGUAUCAUAGGCCCAGUGAUAUCAAGUGCCCAAUAUGAUCGCAUCAAAGAGUUUAUAGAGCUUGGGGAAAAGGAAGAAAAGUUAAACAUGUUCCAAACUUCUGAAUUUCCUACUAAAAAAACAAAAGGCUACUUCAUUCCUCCCACAAUUUUCACUGAUGUUCCACAAACAUCGAAAUUGCUACAGGAGGAGAUAUUCGGUCCCGUUUUAGUUGUUAGCAAGUUCGAAAACUACGAUGACGCUAUGAAGUUAGCCAAUGAUACAUAUUAUGGGCUUGCAUCUGCAGUUUUCACUAGAGACGUAAAGAAAGCGCACAUGUUUGCUCGCGAUAUCAAAGCCGGUACUGUAUGGAUCAACUCAUCUAACGAUGAAGAUGUUACAGUUCCUUUCGGUGGGUUCAAAAUGAGUGGUAUUGGUAGAGAACUGGGACAAAGUGGUGUCGAUACCUACCUUCAAACGAAAGCAGUCCAUGUAAAUCUUUCUUUUGACAAUUGA